AUUGGAGGAAAGAAUAGAAGAAAGAAGCAGUUGGAAAACUAAACGAAGCAUAAGUUCUCUUCUUACAGAAUGCCACAAAAAGAUUACAGAAGUCAAACAAGCUGGGAGAGCGGCGUGGCCUCCAUGAUGCAAAACAGUCACAGUGGGGUAAACCAGCUUGGAGGUGUGUUUGUGAAUGGGAGACCAUUGCCUGAUUCCACCAGGCAGAAGAUAGUAGAACUGGCUCACAGUGGAGCUCGACCAUGUGAUAUAUCCAGAAUUCUACAGGUGUCCAAUGGCUGUGUGAGUAAGAUUUUAGGCAGGUAUUACGAGACAGGUUCGAUUCGUCCUCGGGCAAUCGGAGGAAGUAAACCUCGGGUUGCCACUCCAGAAGUUGUAAGCAAAAUCGCUCUGUACAAGAGAGAGUGUCCAUCGAUCUUCGCCUGGGAGAUCAGAGACAGACUGUUGGCGGAGGGAGCCUGCACUAAUGACAAUAUUCCCAGUGUUUCCUCUAUAAACCGAGUGCUAAGGAACUUGGCCAGUGACAAGACGCAAAUAGGAACAGAAGGAAGCGAGGGGAUGUUUGAAAAGCUCAAAAUGCUUAAUGGUCAAGCCACCUGGGCGGGGCGAACUGGGUGGUACCCGGGCUCCACACUCAUUGCCACUGUUGGUCAUCUUUGA